AUGUGUCCUCUUGCCUCUUCUCCUGGGAGUUCCGUCAUUGGCUCCUCUUCCUCUAAUCGUAUCUCAUCCUCAACGAGUCGACCUCAAUCAGCUUCAUCGGUGAGGUCUUCCUCCUCCAUGUCUCACUACAAUCAUCAGAGAAAUAAUACGAGUCAUCAGAGCUCUGCUCAGUUGAGUCUGAGCAGCGUGCUCCCUGGUGGAUCGAUCAUCAAUGGAAUACCAAAGGCUAAUUUCAGCGCAGGGCGAAAAACUAUCCUUAAUGCCACUCCAGAGAAGGACAAGCCCCGGAAACGACCAAAUGUGAGCAAUGAAUCAUCGAAAGAGAUUGUCAAUGAGGUGAGAAGGAAAGCAAGAUGUGGUACUCACUGCAACGAGGAAAGUAAGACUCCUCCCCCUAGGCUCAUGCGAAAGAGACCCCAAUCUGCAAGUGUGUACCAACCAAGAAAUAUUAUAACUGACCCUCCAGACACAACUGGGGUUCAUAGAAGAAGGUUAGUUACCCCUACCCGAGAAAGAACCUCCACAGAAAAUGACCAUAGUAGUGAUUCGGCACAUGAGGAUCUAAACGUUAAGAGCAUUCUCUCGUUUGAUCCCUUAGCUCUUUCGAAAGAGGAGCAACAAAAGGUCUCUGAUUUUGGAAAGGUUGGAAAAAAGCAAAGCUCAAUGGCAUUAAGGUCCUCCUUUGAGCAAUCCUCUCUGGUGAAUGUGAAGGUAGGUAUUGAAUCUGUUCAUUGCUCUUCAUGA